GAUAUCUGACUCCACACUUUAUCAUCGGUCAUCAUUUCGUGGCAAGCAGAGACUUAGACGACUUGGUGACCGGUGGAACCGUUGUGCAGGCAAUUUACGCAGUCAUAUACAUAGAGCUGCUCUCAAAUCGACUGCACGUCGUUCCCAUUCAUUUAAGCCGUCGCCACUAAGCUUCAGCUUCGGCGAGAUGCCUCCAAAGCGCAAAGCUUCUACUACUGGCUCACGCUCAGAGAGAGCGUCGAAGCGGUCUACGCCUGCGCCGAGUACCCCUAUGAGCGUGGAUAGUAGUGAUGAAUACUCCGAACAAGGAGAACCGCCUGACGAAAGCGAAGCUGAGAACAUAGACAAGGCUAUCAAUAAAUUCUCUCUUGAAUCUUAUAACCGCCAACAACAUCAGGCUACUGACUCUGCGUCACAACUUUUCGGUUCAAGCGAUUUCGCCUAUCUUUCACUCAAACCUGAUCACGAUAAUCGGCCGCUUUGGAUAGAUCCAGUAAAGGGAAGAAUCAUUCUAGAGAGUUUCUCGCCCCUUGCCGCCUAUGCGCAAGAUUUCUUGACCACGAUCGCCGAACCGUUAUCAAGACCCACGUUUCUUCACGAAUACGCAUUGACGCCUCACAGUUUAUAUGCUGCUGUUUCUGUUGGACUUCUUCCCAGCGACAUCAUCAACGUUCUUGAUCGGCUCUCGAAGGUUCCUCUACCGGAAAACAUAAGGGAAUUCAUUACAAAAUGCACCGCCUCGUACGGCAAAGUUAAGCUUGUACUCAAGCAUAAUAGAUAUUUUGUCGAGAGCACGGACCCAGAGAUGCUGCAACGAUUAUUGAAGGAUGAGGUUGUGGGAAAAACAAGGAUUGAAGGCUCAGACGAGAUUACAAAAGAGAAAGCCCCGCAAAUGGGUGGUCUUGUUAUUCCUGGUACCAAGAAUGCUGCUGGCGUCAAGCAACAACCGGAUCAGGCACAAGCGCAGCGAACCGACCAGGAUGCCGAAGGUCCAGCCAAGGAAGAUGAUAUAUUUCUCACCCUUCGAGAAGAGGACGAUGAUGAGGACGAGACUGACCAAGUACAUUCGUUUGAAAUUGUAAGUGACGAUGUCGAGGUUGUGCAGAAGCGAUGCUUGGAGUUGGAGUUUCCCAUGCUCGAAGAAUACGAUUUCCGAAACGACGAGGUGAACCCCAACCUCGAAAUCGACCUCAAGCCUAGUGCACAGAUUCGUCAUUAUCAAGAGAAGAGUUUGAGUAAAAUGUUCGGUAAUGGACGAGCCAAAAGUGGCAUUAUCGUGCUUCCCUGCGGCGCCGGCAAAACACUGGUUGGAAUUACUGCCGCUUGUACUAUCAAGAAGGGCAUUGUCGUGUUGUGCACCAGCUCCAUGUCUGUGGUGCAAUGGCGAAACGAAUUCAUUAAAUGGUCCAAUAUCAAUCCCGAUGAUAUUGCUAUUUUCACGUCCGACCACAAAGAGAAAUUCUCCAGGAGUACCGGUAUAAUUGUAUCAACGUACAGCAUGGUUACGCAAACAAAGGGCAGGUCGCAUGACUCGCAAAAGAUGAUGGACUUUUUGCAGGGUCGAGAAUGGGGUCUAAUGAUUUUGGACGAAGUCCAUGUCGUCCCGGCCUCCAUUUUCAGAAAAGUCACACAUUCUAUUGCCACUCACUCAAAGCUUGGUCUGACUGCCACGCUUUUGCGUGAAGAUGACAAGAUUCGCGAUCUGAAUUUCCUCAUUGGCCCGAAACUCUACGAGGCCAACUGGAUGGAACUUGCUGAGCAAGGGCAUAUUGCAAAGGUUCAGUGCGCCGAAGUUUGGUGUCCAAUGACCACCGAAUUCUAUCAAGAGUAUCUCCGGGAGUCUUCGCGCAAGCGUUCACUGCUUUAUAUCAUGAACCCGCGGAAAUUCCAGGCUUGCCAAUUUUUGAUAGACUAUCAUGAAAAGCGUGGCGACAAGGUUAUUGUGUUUUCAGACAACGUCUAUGCAUUGGAAAAAUACGCACUGAAACUGCACAAAGCAUAUAUUUACGGCGGCACGCCACAGGCCGAGCGAUUGCGGAUUUUAGAAAACUUCCAGCACAACGAUCUCGUAAACACCGUCUUCCUCUCAAAGAUUGGAGAUACAUCUCUCGACUUGCCGGAAGCGACAUGUUUGAUCCAGAUUUCAUCUCAUUAUGGAUCUCGUCGGCAGGAAGCCCAACGUCUCGGACGGAUUCUUCGAGCUAAACGAAGAAACGACGAAGGCUUCAAUGCCUUUUUCUACUCGCUCGUCUCGAAAGAUACCCAAGAAAUGUACUAUUCAUCGAAACGGCAGGCUUUCCUUGUCGAUCAGGGUUACGCCUUCAAGGUGAUUACUCACCUUCAGGGUAUCGAGAAUCUACCCAACCUUGCAUACGCAUCUCCGCAAGAGCGUACGGAGUUGUUGCAAGAGGUCAUGCUCCAGAACGAGACAUCGGCAGACGUUGAGAAGAUCGACGGCGAUCUAUUUGGAGAACGAUCCGGUGGCCCUGGUAGCAAGCGCUUUGCUAAGAAGGGUGCUCGCCGGACCGCCGGCAUGUUGAGUGAUCUCAGCGGUGGUCAAGACAUGGCUUAUAUCGAGUACAAUAAGAGUAGAAACAAGGAGCUCAAGGGCAAGAGCCAAAACCCAUUCAUGAAGAAGAUGUUCCGCGACCAAGCUAAGCGGCGCGCUCAAAAUACAAAUCUGGACUGAAAUUAUGACAGAUUAUUCUUAGAUGGUUGGUCAACGGGGACUAAGCCCCCAUUUUGGCGUAUCGGUUUCAAUUUACAAUUUGGGAAUCUAGGGAAAUUGAAUAGGAGCAUCUAGUGGCUGUUGUUUAUAUGACAUCUUUAAAUGAAAGC